AUUGCGAGAAGAGACAUGCCACCAGUCGAGAUCCUCAUCUUUUUGACGAUUGUUCUCGCGUCAGGUAUAGUCGGUGGACAGGAAACGAAACAAAUUCGUGGAAUUUCACUCUUUUCGCCUAGAGACGAGUUUUUCCAAGAAAUUCUCAGUCGUCCACGUACCGCAGCUCGCCGCGAGAGAUUAACCCUUAGCACUCGAGUGGUGACUCUGGAUAAUUUAAAGAAUUAUAAACUGUGUCACUACCUGGACGUAAGGACUGUAGAUUUCUUAGCUAUACAUUUUCCUGUGGUUCCAGCGUACACGUAUCCGCAGAAUACAUUGCUGAACGAUGUGGAGAACGUCAUCAAGUCCGUGUUCAAAGUUGUAUGGGAACCGGCUACAUUUAACUUGUAUACUAGGGAGAAUCCGUUUGGCGAGGAGCAAUUGUUCUUAAACAAUACAGAGGUUCUCUACGCGUCCCAUUUCAACGAAAGCCGCCCGACAAAGUUCAUCAUCCACGGUUACAGCGACACCGGAAAUGAAGCCUGGGUACGAGGUUUGAUAGACGCGUAUCUCCUUCACGAAGACGUGAACGUGAUCGUCGUUGGCUGGGGUGUUCUCGCGAGCACCGUCUACCCGGUGGCGGCAAACAAUACGCGUCGAGUGGGCGAAUUUCUCGGAAAUUUUCUCGAGUUCUUGAAUCGCGAGUCGAACCUUGAAUACAAGGAUGUUCACAUCAGUGGGCAUAGUUUGGGUUCGCACGUGGCAGGGUUUGCCGGGGCUUACAUGAACGGACGAAUCGGCAGGAUAACAGGCCUAGAUCCGGCGAGUCCCCUUUUCGAGUCGAUUUCUGGAAUUGUUGACCCGAAAUUCAGAUUAGAUCCAACCGAUGCGCAGUUCGUCGACGUGAUUCACACGAGCGGAGCCGCGUUUGGAUUCUCGGCACCGUUGGGUCAUGCUGACUUUUAUCCCAACAACGGAAAGUUUCCGCAGCCUGGGUGCUCGUUCAUGCCUACGACAACUUAUUGCAGUCAUUCAAGGGCGCACCAGUUCAUGACAGAGAGCAUAGGAAGCAGGAUUGGCUUCAAGGCGAGAACCUGUGAGAGCUGGAAGAAAUACAAGGAAGGCCAUUGCGAUUAUAAUCCGGUCGCGUUGAUGGGCGAGGGCGCAUCCACAUCAUUGCGGGGAAAGUUUUAUUUGGAAACGAACGGCGCACCCCCAUUCGCGAUAGAGUGAACGACAACGGGAGCGGGAACCGGAGCUCGAAACGACAGUUUGGUGGUGAUCGUGUUUUUGCGAUAUGAAACGACCCGUACUAGUCAUUUAUAAGUUACUUUUAUUUAUGCAGCGUGUGCUGUUCUAUGUGGAACAACAGCCCCGAAAUGAGACCGUAAGAGGGUCGUUGUCCCGACGUGCAUGCCCGUAGAGAGUACAAAUUAUAUUAAUUAAUCUAGCACGAUUAGAUUAUAUUCGUCUUUUCUCGUUCUUGUACAUUUGUAAGUGAGAAGGAUAAUACACGUUUUAUUGGUUACGUCGAUAACUUAGCGGCAUUAUUGCUGUUGAAACUUCAAAGGUGUAUAACACUUAAUAAAAGUAUCAGGCAACUUUUCGUUUUCAAAUGU